CUUCUAGUGCCACGAAGGCCUCCUGCCUGGGCUGUCCCAACGGUGCCUGUAAAUUUAGCUCUAGAAAAGCUCUUUGCGUUUUAACUUUUCAGCCAGGAAACAAUUGCACAGGCAUUUUGAUCUGUAUAAUAUCGUUCAAACUCAAUCUUGGCUGAGUACCCUAAUCAUCAAAUCCUAACGCAGUGGAGGGGCCGGAGUCAGGCUCCGUGGAGACAGCCCCGAGAUGCCGAAAGUCCCUGGCCCGCUUCCUCCUGUGAAGACGUAGCUGCGGGUGGCUGUGGUGGUGGCGUCCAAGAUGUCGACCAAGAAUUUCCGAGUCAGUGACGGGGACUGGAUUUGCCCCGACAAAAAAUGUGGAAAUGUAAACUUUGCUAGAAGAACCAGCUGUAAUCGAUGUGGUCGGGAGAAAACAACUGAAGCAAAAAUGAUGAAGGCUGGGGGUACUGAAAUAGGAAAGACACUUGCAGAAAAGAGCCGAGGCCUAUUUAGUGCUAAUGACUGGCAGUGUAAAACUUGCAGUAAUGUAAAUUGGGCCAGAAGAUCAGAGUGUAACAUGUGUAAUACUCCGAAGUAUGCUAAAUUAGAAGAAAGAACGGGAUACGGUGGUGGUUUUAAUGAAAGAGAAAAUGUUGAAUAUAUAGAAAGAGAAGAAUCUGAUGGAGAAUAUGAUGAAUUUGGACGUAAAAAGAAAAAAUACAGAGGAAAGGCAGUUGGUCCUGCCUCUAUAUUAAAGGAAGUUGAAGAUAAAGAAUCAGAGGGAGAAGAAGAGGAUGAGGAUGAAGAUCUUUCUAAAUAUAAAUUAGAUGAGGAUGAGGAUGAAGAUGAUGCUGAUCUCUCAAAAUAUAAUCUUGAUGCCAGUGAAGAAGAAGAUAGUAAUAAAAAGAAAUCUAAUAGACGAAGUCGCUCAAAGUCUCGAUCUUCACAUUCACGAUCUUCAUCACGCUCAUCCUCCCCCUCAAGUUCAAGGUCUAGGUCCAGGUCCCGUUCAAGAAGUUCUUCCAGUUCGCAGUCAAGAUCUCGUUCCAGUUCCAGAGAACGUUCGAGAUCUCGUGGGUCGAAAUCAAGAUCCAGCUCCAGGUCCCACAGGGGCUCUUCUUCCCCACGAAAAAGAUCUUAUUCAAGUUCAUCAUCUUCUCCUGAGAGGAACAGAAAGAGAAGUCGUUCUAGAUCUUCUUCACCUGGUGAUCGAAAAAAAAGACGAACAAGAUCACGGUCACCUGAAAGGCGCCACAGGUCAUCUUCUGGAUCGUCCCAUUCUGGUUCCCGUUCAAGUUCAAAAAAGAAAUAAUGUAUUAAAAAUUACAUCUUAAACAAAAAAAUCCAGUACAGUGCAUGAAGCAUAUUUUUUAAGAAGUUGAUGUCUUACUUGGUCAGAAGUGCUAAAUCUGCUAGUAGAGGUGCAUGCCUUUAUUGCUUUUCAGAAUAAUACAACUGUGUUUAUUUGUGAAAUUAAAAGUAAAUUGCAUUUUAAGCCAUAAUGUCCCAAAAUAGAUGGUCUAUUAUUCAUUAUUUACAACCAUUUGCUUCAUUUAAAACCAUCUCAGCAUAACAAAGUACCUUUGUUUCCUAAUUUAAAUACUUAUUUCUAAAUAUAUUCUGUCUGUUGGCUAAGACAGGAUUAAGUAGGCUUGCCUGUACUUCGGGCAUAGAGGCAAGAGUGGUAAACUCAUUGGAAACAACCUUUUUAAUGUUAUUAACCUAUAUCAGAGUAAUUCUUACCAGGACAAGUUUAAGUUGUAAAGCAGCCUACUGGAAACUUCUUUAUUUGAAAUUCGCUAUGCUGAGGGUGCCUUAGAAUCAUUGUCUCUCUUUUAUGCAGCUUCACACCAGUUUUGCACCAUUUUUAUGCAAAAGAAUCUUGUGAUUUGAAGAAGGAGAAAGGUGGUGUUCAUUUCCUUUCUGAACCAUAAUUUGGGGCAAGAAAGUCCAGUUCAUCUGUUCUCUACUGAUAUGGUUGCCUGAUUUUUUUUUUUUUUUUUUUUUUUUUUUUUUUUUAUCUCAAGAUGUUUGUCUCAAAAGUUUAAGAGGCUUUGUGUGAUAUCCUUUAAAGAUCUAGUAUCAAACAUGAUAGGGUAGAAAAGGCUAAAUCAUAGUUAAUGAGCAAAUUGAAGAAAGCUUUUGAACUGUAUAUCCCUUUCGAUGAAAGACCAACAGAGACAAUUGUGAAUUCAAAUAUUUGCCUUGAUGUUUAAGCACAUUACAUAAAAUUUUCUUCUGGAUAACAAGUGAAUGCUUAUUUCUGCAUGAUAUAAGCAAAAUUUUAUUUUUUUUCCUAUUCACUUGAAAUAACUUAUGGCUUAAAAUGCUCUUAGCGUUUUGUUUCUCAGAAUUAAAAUCUGGUCACUUGAGCUCUA